CAAUCGCCGCGAGCCGACCACGACACACCUCCACGACGCUCCGGUGGAUUUAAAAUUGGACCGGCUGCGUGCGCACUCGACUCGGUAUCGAGCGGACGUCAGUGUCAGUUGUCAGUUGUCAGUCGGAGGCGACGGGCGCGUGUGACUUGUGAAUUCGCAGAGCUCCGAACAUGGCUCUGAUCAGACGGCUGGCCGUGAACGCGCCCCGGAACGUACGAGUGGUUACUUACGCGACACAGACCCGCGACGAUCUCGACCUAACCUUCAACAGUCCUAAAGAUGCUUUCAAGAGCAAGAAGACGAGCGAGCUGGUGCGGGCGUACUUCGUCUACCAGAUAUGCUCCGUCAACUGGAUGGUGGAGAACAACGACAUGUUGAUGAAGAGGCUCCGUCAAGUGGUUGGCCAGAAGUUAUUCGAGGUAAUUAUGAAGGCCACCUUUUACGGGCAGUUCGUCGCUGGCGAAGAUCAGAACACCAUCCGUCCAACCAUCGACAGGCUGCGUUCAUUCGGCGUUAAGUCGAUCCUGGACUACUCCGUCGAGGAAGAUAUCUCGCAGGAGGAGGCGGAGAAACGCGAAGUCAGCGCGUCGAUCUCGGCUUAUGGAGACAAGAAGGAGGAGGGCCAGCUGAAGCAGUACCACGUGGAGCAGCGGUUCGCGGACAGGCGAUACAAGGUGACCAGCGCGCGCACAUAUUUCUACCUCAACGAGGCUUCCUGCGAGAAGAACAUGGAAGCAUUCCUCAAGAGUAUUGAUGCUGUAGCAGGAAUUACCAAGAGCACUGGACUGAUGGCGGUCAAGUUGACUGCGCUUGGCAGACCGCAAUUACUUCUGCAACUGUCGGAAGUGAUCAUGCGCGCUCGAAACUACAUGCAGCAGAUAGCCGGAGGCACUGGCAACGUCCUCACCCAUCACAAGACCAUCGAGGACUUCCAGAGGUACUUCGGCGACCACAAGAACAAGCCAGAGGUCCAGGAGUUCAUGAAGAAGAUCACAUCGGACAAGGAAGGCGUUCUUCACCUAUUCCCGUGGGACCGUAUCGUCCAUCUGUUCCCUUGGUCGAACAUUCUAGAUGAAGACAUGAAUCUAUCGGACUCGUUCCGCGUGCCUGAUCCAAAAACCGGUCAAAUGCGUCGGCUGAUCUCACAAAUCUCCACCAAAGAAGAGGAGAUGUUCAGGAACAUGUUGCGCAGGCUGAACCACAUCAUCCAGAUCGCAAACGACGCGGAUGUGAGGAUCAUGAUCGAUGCGGAACAGACGUACUUCCAGCCGGCCAUAUCCAGGAUCUGUCUUGAGAUGAUGAGGAGAUAUAAUAAGGACAAAUUCCUAGUGUUCAACACUUACCAAACCUACCUGAAGAAUACUUACAACGAGAUCUUAACAGAUCUUGAGCAGGCGCAGCGUCAGAACUUCUACUGGGGCGCCAAGCUUGUGAGGGGCGCUUACAUUGAACAGGAGCGCGCCCGAGCUGCGGCGAUGGGUUACGAGGACCCGACCUGCGAGAACGUCGACGCCACCACCGCCUCCUUCCACAAAUGCCUUAAAGAGAUUCUUAGCCGAGUUAAGGGUGAGCAGAAAGACCGCCUCGGUAUCAUGGUGGCCUCCCACAACGAGGACACUGUUCGGUACGCCAUCCAGCUGAUGAAGGAGCAUAACAUCAAGCCGGAGGACAAGGUGGUCUGCUUCGGGCAGCUGCUGGGCAUGUGUGACCACAUCACCUUCCCGCUCGGCCAAGCCGGCUACUCCGCCUACAAGUACGUUCCAUACGGCCCAGUGGUCGAAGUCCUUCCCUACUUGUCCCGGAGGGCGAAUGAAAACAGAGGAUUCCUCAGCAAAAUCAAGAAGGAGAAGAAACUACUUCUCAAAGAGAUCAUUCGCAGAGUUGUCACCGGUCAGAUCUUCUACAAACCAGUUGGCAACUACACACCCGUCUAGAUUGUAAAUUAGCGUUUGUUUAGUUAAUUUAUGUUGCAGUUUAUAUAUAGGGAACGAAUAAAGAUGUGAUAACAGAUUCGGAGGGUACAGAUGAUAAAAAUAACGAUUAUAACCGUUAUUAUUAACGUUGUAACGAUUAUAGCGGCUGUUUUUAUCGUUGUUUUGCCACGGAAUUUUAGUUCUUGUAGAACUGUGCGUUGUUUUUAAAUCGCUCAUUAUUUGUGAAUCGUUAUUUUUCAUUAUCUUGCGUUCUUUGAUGGUAUUAUUUUUGUAGUUAUUACUUAAUUUGUGUCACCUUAUUCUAGGUAUAAGCAAUUGGCGAAUUAGAGACACGAAAUUGAUGAUUAAUGAUUAUUGUAUUACUGUGAUUUAAGUAUUUGUUUUCUUUCUUUGCUUUACUGAAGAUAUUCGGGGCUUAGAUCAUAUUGGUCCAAUGCAGAUUGAUAUCAUAUUGAUAAAAGGGAAAAGAACGCAAGAUGAUUUAAAAUAACAAUUGCAGUAUUGAUCGCUUCAGUAUUUUUUAUUAAUUUAUUGAAAACUGUUAUUAAUACCAGGGCUUCAUUUUAUAGUGUUAAUAUAAAAUCGAUUAGGUCGCUGUUAUUCGUAUUCUAAACUAGAUGUUGUAAAAAUUAUAAAAAUAGUCACAUAACAUGUGCGUCCUACGAAAAAAACGAAAAAAAAAUGUAGAACAGGGUUUAACGUUAUUGCGUAAUAUGUUGUUAUUUAACUACUUGAUAAAAUAGCCGAUUUUGUAGCAUGAUGUAGUCUUUGUACUUCGCAUUUUAUAGCACAGGCCUACACUAAUAGCUGCUAUUGGACGUUGGUCAACUAAAAACCAAUAGCAAGACACUACUUAGGUUAUAUAACAAUAUGCUAUUCGAUAUAACGUGGUAACUCAUAGGAUCGGUUUAAAAUCGAUGUGUUAUUCAUAAUAUAUAAUUGCGAGGAUAAUAACUAGUCAACACCUAUAUUAUAGAAAGUUGGGGAAGUUGUUAUCACAAUAUUGUGGAGUAAUAUAUGGUUUACAUUGAACGUACGAAAUUAUUGGACUAAAUAUGAAUGUAAUAAAGUUGAAAAUCAAGCAAUCUCUGAUUUCAACAACCCGUGUCGUUACACCUAAUUUUAUUUCAUAGGGAAUAACGUGCAAUACGAUAAACAUUGUUUUCAGAUGUCAAAUCAUUUAGUAGGAUUUUGGAAUGUGUCUUAAAGGGUUAACGGGGCGGAUUUUUUGUGCUUGUAAUGUCCUUGGUUUUUGCAUCGUGAGUAUCCAAGUAUGGUGCACUUCAUAGAUAAGUGUAUAGAUAUGCCUGCUUACAUCCUGGAUUUAAAAUACAUUAAGUUCAUAUGAUGUCUUGUUACUAAAUAUAGUCUGGUACAUAACAGAAAUAUAUAAAGUACAGCAAACAUUAUGAAUUUGGCGUACCUAUAUACUAGCUAUGAGAGUGAGUAUUUUACGUAUAAAAGGCACAUAUAAACGCCUGUAAUCCAUAAAAGGAUCGAUCAGUGCAUUUCUUUGUGUUCCAGAUGUUAAUAUUAAUCUCGUUAAGUGGUAAUCGAAUUUUGUGUUAUUUAUUGAAAUACGUUAUAUUCAUUAUUCGAAAGGGUUAUUUCGUCGGAACAUGUAAUUCAAUUCUUAUAACAGUGACAAUAACUGUUAUUUAGCUGUCAGCGUAUAACUGUAAAGUACAAAUGUCGAUAUAACCCUUUCAAUAAUAUAUAAUGUAUAUUUAGAAACGUAUCAUACAUGAGAAUAAAUGUGCAAAUUGCGUCUGCGUUAAGUUCCUACUUCGUUAGUUGGUAACAUUGAGUUAGUGCCGUGUGGUUUAUUUCCAAGUAGAUCCUCCCAUAAAGUUACAAUUGUUCGGCUCUUUCUUGUAUUUCCUUAGGUCCAUACUCGGUCUUCUUUCGCCACAAAUUAUUAAAGGGACGGAAGACAUGAGUAAAUUAAAAUUGACAGUUACCACUGAAGGAACAGUAACUGUGUUUUAACGUUGAAAUUAGUAUUUGUGUAAUCCUAUUUUAGAUUAAAGUGUUUUGUCGUGUGAAAUAAGUUUUCGGAUGCCAUCUUGGAAUAUUUAGACAUUUGCAAACAAGAUGGCGGCAAGAUCUGUCAAAAUAAUCGAUAAAAUAAUCGAAUUUCUAGAAUUGUUUUUGAAUUUGAAAAUAUAACCAAACUGAUUUUUCUAUUAGUUUGGAAUUCAUUUAUGUAAUUUGUAAGCUGUUUAUAAUUUUCCUUACGUGCGCUAAUUGUGAUGCUAUUUUUAGAUUUAUUUUACGAACAGACUUUAAUAAAGACAGAGCUUGUUUUGA